ACUGGGUUGUGAGGCUCCAAGGAGCACACAUAUUGUUAGGCUCAGUUCGAUUCCCUCCAGCCCUCUCCGCCCGUUUGAAAGUAGUUCCUUAUCCCGGAGACAACGUGCAGAUGUUCUCUCUUUCCCUCUUUAUUUUUUUUAAGACAGGGUCUCUGUUGCCCAGGCUGGAGUGCAGUGGCGCGACCACAGCUCACUACAGCCUCAACCUCCUGGGCUUAACACGAUCCUCCUGCCUCAGCCUCCAGAGCGGCUGGGACUACAAGCGCGCACCACUGCACAGGGAUUAUUAUUAUUAUUUUAUUAUUUUGUAGAGACACAGGUGGGAGUGGUCUCGCUAUGUUGCCCAGGCUGGUCUCAAACUCAGCUCAAGAGAUCCUCCCGCCUCGGCGUCCCAAAGUGUUGGGAUUACAGGCGCCUGCCACCGCGCCCGGACGCAGAUAUUUUCUAUGGGCAUCUGGAAUGGUGACCCCAAAGCUUGGCGCCGUGCUAUGGUCAAGCCGGGUCGGGGGCUCGGGCCAGCCUUCAACACCGUUGGCAGCAAUGGGAACGAUCAACUGUUCUCUCACUACCGUGACGUCGCCCAGUCUGCCAAUGGCCGGCCCCUCGCCGGUCCCGAGGCCUCGCGAGAGCUCCCGUGGCUACGCCUUCCCCGGCCUCGGAACGGCCCCAUCCUUCCUCUUUCCCCGCCUCCCAGCGGCGCUCCACUCUCGGAUUGGCUGAUUGAUCCGAGUCAGUUUUUUUCCUCGCCAGAAAGCGGUUCGACAAUUGGUCCUUCUUUUGGCCCCUCCUGCGAAGCCCGCGGAUUGGACGGCUGAGUCUGGGCCUCUGCAGGAGCGCGGCCGGGCCAAUCAGGAGCUUGGAGUAUUUUACAAACUGGGGAAGUAGCUCCAGCAGUAGCCGAGAGAGUCAGGGGAAAAGCGGAGAAAGCUGGGUCGGCUCUGAGGGGCUCUCGGUAAGCCAUCAUGACCACCCGGCAAGCCACGAAGGAUCCCCUCCUCCGGGGUGUAUCUCCUACCCCUAGCAAGAUUCCGGUACGCUCUCAGAAACGUACGCCUUUCCCCACUGUUACAUCGUGCGCCCUGGACCAGGAGAACCAAGAUCCAAGGAGAUGGGUGCAGAAACCACCGCUCAAUAUUCAACGCCCCCUUGUUGAUUCAGCAGGCCCCAGGCCGAAAGCCAGGCACCAAGCAGAGACAUCACAAAGAUUGGUGGGGAUCACUCAGCCUCGGAACCCCUUGGCGGAGCUCAGGCCUAGCCCUAGGGGCCAAAAUGUGGGGCCUGGGCCGCCUGCCCAGACAGAGGCUCCAGGGACCAUAGAGUUUGUGGCUGACCCUGCAGCCCUGGCCACCAUCCUGUCAGGUGAGGGUGUGAAGAGCUGUCACCUGGGGCGCCAGCCUAGUCUGGCUAAAAGAGUACUGGUUCGAGGAAGUCAGGGAGGCACCACCCAGAGGGGCCAGGGUGUUCGGGCCUCUGCAUAUUUGGCCCCCAGAACCCCCACCCACCGACUGGACCCUGCCAGGGCUUCCUGCUUCUCUAGGCUGGAGGGACCAGGACCUCGAGGCCGGACAUUGUGCCCCCAGAGGCUACAGGCUCUGAUUUCACCUUCAGGACCUUCCUUUCACCUUUCCACUCGCCCCAGUUUGCAGGAGCUAAGAAGGGAGACAGCUGGCAGCAGCCGGACUUCAGUGAGCCAGGCCUCAGGAUUGCUCCUGGAGACCCCAGUCCAGCCUGCUUUCUCUCUCCCUAAAGGAGAACAUGAGGUUGUCACUCGCUCAGAUGAAGGAGGUGUGGCCUCUCUUGGUCUGGCCCAGCGAGUACCAUUAAGAGAAAACCGAGAAAUGACACAUACCAGGGACAGCCAUGACUCCCACCUGAUGCCCUCCCCUGCCCCUGUGGCCCAGCUCUUGCCUGGCCAUGUGGUGCCAUGUCCAUCACCCUUUGGACGGGCUCAGCGUGUACCCUCCCCAGGCCCUCCAACUCUGACCUCAUAUUCAGUGUUGCGGCGUCUCACCGUUCAACCUAAAACCCGGUUCACACCCAUGCCAUCAACCCCCAGAGUUCAGCAGGCCCAGUGGCUGCGUGGUGUCUCCCCUCAGUCCGGCUCUGAAGAUCCUGCCCUGCCCUGGGAGCAGGUUGCCGUCCGGUUGUUUGACCAGGAGAGUUGUAUAAGGUCACUGGAGGGGUCUGGGAAACCACCUGUGGCCACUCCUUCUGGAUCCCACUCUAACAGAACCCCCAGCCUCCAGGAGGUGAAGAUUCAACGCAUCGGUAUCCUGCAGCAGCUGUUGAGACAGGAGGUAGAGGGGCUGGUAGGGGGCCAGUGUGUCCCCCUUAAUGGAGGCUCUUCUCUGGAUAUGGUUGAACUUCAGCCCCUGCUGACUGAGAUUUCUAGAACUCUGAAUGCCACAGAGCAUAACUCUGGGACUUCCCACCUUCCUGGACUGUUAAAACACUCAGGGCUGCCAAAGCCCUGCCUUCCAGAGGAGUGCGGGGAACCACAGCCCUGCCCUGCAGCAGAGCCUGGGCCCCCAGGGGCCUUCUGUAGGAAUGAGUCUGAGAUACCAGAGCCCUCCCUCCAGGAACAGCUUGAAGUACCAGAGCCUUGCCCUCCAGCAGAACCCAGGCCCCUAGAGUCCUGCUGUAGGAGUAAGCCUGAGACACCAGAGCCCCCCCCCCAGGAACAGCUUGAAGUACCAGAGCCCUGCCCUCCAGCAGAACCCAGGCCCCUAGAGUCCUGCUGUAGGAGUAAGCCUGAGACACCAGAGCCCUCCCCCCAGGAACAGCUUGAAGUACCAGAGCCCUGCCUUUCAGCAGAGCCCGGGCCCCCAGAAUCCUGCUGUAGGAGUGAGCCCGAGAUACCAGAGCCCUCUCGCCACGAACAGCUUAAGGUACCCGAGCCCUGCCCUCCAGCAGAACCCGGGCCCCUUCAGCCCAGCACCCAGGGGCAGUCUGGACCCCCAGGACCCUGCCCUAGGGUAGAGCUGGGGGCAUCAGAGCCCUGCACCCUGGAACAUAGAAGUCUGGAGUCCAGCCUACCACCCUGCUGCGGUCAGUGGGCUCCAGCAACCACCAGCCUGAUCUUCUCUUCCCAACACCCGCUUUGUGCCAGCCCCCCUAUCUGCUCACUUCAGUCUCUGAGACCCCCAGCAGGCCAGGCAGGCCUCAGCAGUCUGGCCCCUCGAACCCUAGCCCUGAGGGAGCGCCUCAAAUCAUGUUUAACCGCCAUCCACUGCUUCCACGAGGCUCGUCUGGACGAUGAGUGUGCCUUUUACACCAGCCGAGCCCCUCCCUCAGGCCCUACCCGGGUCUGCACGAACCCUGUGGCUACAUUACUCGAAUGGCAGGAUGCCCUGUGUUUCAUUCCAGUUGGUUCUGCUGCCCCCCGGGGCUCUCCAUCAUGAGACAACCACUCCUGCCCUGCCGUGCUUCUUCCUUUUAGCCCUUAUUUAUUGUCGGUCUGCCCAUGGGACUGGGAGCCGCCCACUUUUGUCCUCAAUAAAGUUUCUAAAG